AUGGAGUUUGUAGGUCAUGAUCAUCAAUAUCAAUCUGAAAUAACAAAUGAUUUGAUGAUCCAAAUUGAUCAUGAACUCGAAGAAACAAGUAGUAGUACUGCUAGUAAUACUUCAAACAUUAAUAAACGCUACAUAUCUCUUCUAGUAAUUAAUUAUAUGUUACUUUUUAGUGGUUCGAUUUCAUCAUCUCUACUGUCAAAAUUCUAUUUUAACCACAAAGGUGAUAGUCGUUGGGUUUCAACUUGGGUCCAAUCUGCUGGAUUCCCUCUUCUCUUUCUCCCUAUCUAUUUACCUUUUUAUGUUUUUAAAUCAACUCAUAGAAAACCAUUCACAAAUUUCACUCCCAAAAUGUUGUUACUUUCUAUUGUAAUUGGUUUCUUCUUAGGUCUCAACAACCUUUUAUUUUCUUGGGGUAAUUCUUACCUCUCCGUUUCGACUAAUUCUCUUGUUUUAUCGUCACAGUUAGUAUUCACUCUUAUCACUUCUGUCAUUAUUGUGCAACAAAAAAUCACAUUUGCAAAUCUCACUUGUGUUGUUUUACUAACGCUUAGUUCAGUUCUACUUGGCUUGAAUUCGAAUCAUGACAAACCAAAGGGUAUUACUAGAACAAAAUAUUUCAUAGGAUUUUUCUCAACGCUUGGUGCUGGAUUGUUAUUCUCUCUUUAUCUUCCAUUAAUGGAAAAAAUAUAUAAAAUAGUUUCUUGCUAUUCUAUGGUUAUGGAAAUGCAGAUGGUGAUGGAAUUAACAGCUACCGUUUUCGCAAUGUUGGGAAUGGCUAUAGACGGUGGAUUUUCAGAGAUGAUAAAAGAGAGCAAAAAUGUGUUUGAUUUGGGUGAAAAAGCAUAUUGGAUAACAGUAAUGUUAAACGUGCUGACGUGGCAGUUUUGUUUUAUGGGUACUGCUGGGAUGGUGUUUAUAACAAGUUCGUUGACAGGGGGAGUUUGUAUGACGGCGUUAAUGGCUGUUAAUGUUUUCGGUGGGGUUAUAGUGUUUGGGGAUAAUUUUGGUGUUAUGAAAAUAAUUUCUACUAUAUUAUGUGUUUGGGGAUUUGGUUCGUAUUUGUAUGGAAUAUAUAUGAAAAAAAAGGACGAAGAGAAGAAGAAAGAGGAUUCUACAGACAUUGAUGAUCAACACUCUGUAGCAUGA